UCGGUCUACAUUGUAAACACUCCCAUUCCAGCUGCAGUUUCUCCAGUUUGUCGAGUAAGCUUGCUAACAUGAUGCGCAAGCUCUUCAUUUUUCAGUCGUGAAACCGUUUCCAUCCGUCGCUGCACAGUUUAUUACUGUCAAUAAUCCAAGUGGCUAUUAGGUUAUGUUAUACGUGUUAUACUUUUUUGUGGAUUGACGACCGCGUCAAAUUGCUGUCAUAAAGCUGAUCUUAGUGUGUAAGCUAGUUUCAACCAGCUUUCACAGGGGAUGAGACGCAGCUUUAUUUCGGCUUUACUAUAUAUUUGAAUGCUCGCCCUGCUCUCUCUGCACUGACAUGGUGCCUUCCUUGUUGAGCCUCUGUGCCAGGGAGGUGGUGAGUGACCACAGCUCGUCGCCCUGCUGGCUGAGGUGGGUGCCCAGGGAGCUGUUCAGACCGCUGCUGGAGGCCGCCUUCACCAGCUGCAGACCGCUGACUGUGGGUGAACUGGUGCAGAGAUGGCCCGAGCGUAGCCUGCGUGUCGGGGGACGCAGGAAACAAGGGCAAACUGGGCCAAAUCGACUCUGCAUCCAGGCUUUGUUACUCGCAGUUGUCAGAGGGCUCUCGGACGAAAGAUGUGCUCUGCAAAUAUUGGAUCUCUGUGGGCUGCAAGGAGACGAAGGAGGGAUGGGAGACCCGAUGGGAGGCUGGUCUCUGACUGUAGCUCUCUGCACCAUGGUAGUUCAGGCCAGAGCUGGAGCACAUAGGCCAAAGAGGAGAGAAGGAGAGCGGGAAAGAAAAAGGUUCUCGGCCCUGGAGAGAGAAAAGGAUAUAAAGCGAGAGAGGGGGCAGUGGAAGAGGGGGAAAGAACCUAAUAGUGAUGAAGAAAGCAAUGACUCCGAGAGGAUGACGUUGUCGGGAGGUUUGGCUGACGAGGAGAUUAAGGGAGUCAGGAGGAGGAUGGAGAUAGAGAGGAAAAGAGACAGCACAUUGGCAGGUUUAGCAGGCAGCAAAAAGGCAAAUGAGGAAAAGGAUCUAGUAAGUGACGUGUUGGUGCAUGUAAGGUCUGAUCUCUUUGUCAAUGCUCGAUCUUGGGAGCGUGUCCGUGCGGCUCUCACCACAUCAGGACCCCUCAAGCUUCAGUGCAGGUACCUUCGUGUGGAGGAAAUAUCUGUAUCAAGUAUCAGGUCUCUGCUAGACCUCCUGCCUCGUCAGGGUCUCCUGGGCAUCGAUGUCCGCUACAGCUGCCUUGGUGUAGCUGGUUUGGCUGAGCUGCUGCCGCUGCUCUCCAUCUUCCCCGCACUGAACUCCCUUCGGCUGCACUACUGUAACUUGGACUUUGGUCGGAACCACCCUGGCCAAGAAGAGGCCCUGAGGGACUUGGCACAGGGUUUGGCACAGCUACAAGAGCUGCAACGCCUCAGCCUCACUGCGCUGCGCCUGCCAGGACAACUUCGAAUACUGCUCAGCUCACUGCCUCAGCCUCUGAAGAUCCUGGAGCUGCCAUAUUUGAGCCUAACUCCAGCUGACCUCGCCUAUUUGUCCUGCAGCCACCAUGGUUCCACACUGCAGCAGCUGGAUCUAAGUGAGAACCGUCUGGAUUUAAACACCCUGCCCUCUAUUCGCCGCCUCCUCUCCCAGGCCUCCAGCAGCCUGCAGCACCUCUCUUUGAGCGGCUGUGGCCUAACUGACAGCCUGCUGGGGCUCCUGCUGCCUUCAUUGGGAGGCUGCUGGGCCCUCAAGAGUUUAGCUUUGGCCCUGAACCCACUCUCCAUGUCUGGCCUUGUCGACUUGGUGAGGAUGGCUGCGCGAAUGCCAUCCCUCCGUCAGUUACUGUACCCUAACCCUCUGGAGGACUACCUGCCGGGCCUCCCUGACCUUCCCUCCAGUGCUCAGCUCUUAGACUGGCCUCUGGAUGAAACGACAGACAUCAGUAUGACCAGCAGCCACCUCAACAGGGUACUAAAAGACAGCGGACGCUCUGACCUCUUUCUGACUUGCGACCUGCUCAAUUAUGACAAAGACUUGGUGGACUAGCACUCACCAACAUACAAAAGCAAUGUACAUACUGAACAUAUUGAGAAUCUUGCUAAAUAUCAUGUAGUAUUCUUUUAUCUGUGUCUCAUUUUUUCUUCAUCACCACUUAUGUUAUGUGAAGGAAUGAUUAUUCAUUAAUGCUUUUGUCUCUUUUUGGAUAAAUAACUGCAAGUGGUAAAACAGUAAUCAAAAGAAUACCAUCUUUUUCCAAGGUCCAAUUAUCACCGAAUCAACAGGUUUGUUCUUGUUGACAGCAUGAAUGUGAUCAUCGGAUGGAUCAGUAGAUAACAGUAAUGGGAAAAUACAGAUUAAAAGAUGGAGAUGAUAGCAUAAUGUUGCCUCCUUCGUCGGCGAACUAAUAUACCAUCUUUGAAUUAAAAGGCGCUUUACCAUUAACAUGUU